CCAGUGGAUUUUACAGCUACUGUAGUAAAUCUUGUCAAUAUUCAGUUUGUGGGUAAUCUAUUAUUUUCUUUCUGAACUUCUAAGGGGAAUUAAGGGGACAGAACGUUUAUUUAAGGGGGCAUUGCCCCCUCUUGCCCUAGCGUAGAGCUGGCCACGCUUCUGUACUGGGAAGAAGUUCAGAGCGGUGAAGUCCUGUCUAACCUGCCCGGCCUCUUACUGUCAGACUCACCUGCAGCCUCAGUAUGAAGGAGACGCCCUGAAACAUCACAAGCUGGUUGAUCCUGACAGAAAUCUGAAGGAGAAACUCUGUGAGAAACAUCAGAAAAUUCUGAUAAGACAUGUAUCUGCGUGAUGUGAGGAAUGACUGAACAUAAAAAUCAUGAAAUGGUUGAGCUGGACACAGAAAGAGAAGGAAUACAGGUGUCUGUGAAAAGAGAGGUGGAACAAAAUGAGAAGAGCUUCACUUUUCUAUUACAGUGCAUUGAGAAAACCCACAGGAAACUGACUGAGUGGAUCAGAGAACAAGAACAGAGUGAAAUGGAAAGGCUGAAGGAGUCAUGGAGCAACUGAAGAAGGAGAUUGUAGAGCUGAAGAGAAAAGAGGCAGAGCUGAAGGAGCUUUCAGAGACCAAGGACCAUCUCCACUUCGUGCAGAUGAGAGCGGCACUUCAGAGGGAGUCUGAUCAGACUGGGACUUUCUCAUCUCACUCUGUCCUUCCUGCUGAUGGAGACUCUCUGAGCUUCACUGUCACUGCUGAUUUCACUGCUGAGGACCUGAGAAAGAAUCUGGAGAAGAUCAGCCAGGGAGAUAUCAUGACAAGGACUCCAUCAGCUCAUGACGUUCCAGUUUUAACCCUCCAGCCUCCAGAACCUCAGAGCAGAGACGACUUUUUAAAAUACUUCUGUCCCCUCACACUGGACAUCAACACGGCACAUGAACGCCUCCGUCUGUCUGAAGAGAACAAAAAGGUGACAUGUGAGAGGACAGAGACUGAAUAUCCUGAUAAUCCUGACAGAUUUGACUGCUUCACCCAAGUUCUGUGCAGAGAGGCUCUGACUGAGACUCGCUGUUACUGGGAGGUGGAGUGCAGUGGACACUUCAUGAUGAUUGGAGUCGCAUAUAAAGGACUGGGCAGGAAAGGAGAGAACUGGGAAUGCAGCUUUGGAAACAACGACAAGUCUUGGUGUUUGCACUGUUCUUAUUCGCAGUACUUUGUGUGGAACAAUAACCAGCAGACUGUAAUCAGCGCCCCCUACAGCCCCAGAAUAGGUGUGUAUCUGGACUGGCCUGCUGGCUCUCUGUCAUUUUAUAGCGUCUCACACACAAUGACCCUCCUGCACAGGUUCAACACCUCCUUCACUGAGCCCCUCUAUCCAGGGUUUGGGCUUGGUCGUAACUGCAGUAUAUGGAUUAGCAAUAAGAAGAGAUGCCUACUUCAGUCACCUCUCGAAGAGCAGCAGCUGAUAUUCAGACUUGCUUCAAUCGACACCAAGUGUGCAUCUCUGCAGCCCGGAGCCUCCACCCUGGAGCUCCAAGGAGGUGGUGUUUACUCCAAUGGGCGCCAGCUGGGAGGAACUUGA